UACCAACUAAUAAUGGUCAGUUUGAAAUAGAUGCAACUUGGAUAACCAUCUAAAUUAUCUGAUUUAGCAAUUUAAAAAGUAAUGCAAAUUAAAUAAGAAUAAAAAUAAGAACAACAGAAAAUCUAAUAUUAUCCUAAAAACAUGGAAGAAUUGCUUCUAAAUUUAUUCUUAGCUUUCAAAAUUAUUUAUAUUUAAAUGAUUGCUCUAUGUGAAACUGUCCUUAUGCUAAGCAGGAACCUCUAUGAUUGUAAGAAAAUCAUUUAUUUUAGAAUUUCGUGAACUUCAGAAAAAAAAUGGCAUCUAUUACUUUUUUGAACUUAUCAAAAAUAUAACUCUUAUAAUCUUGUGCUUUAAUAUCAGAAUGCUCUAAUUUAUUUGUAAAAUAUUUUCAUAGCCCCAACAGCAUCCAGUAAAAUAACAAUGACU